AUGCCAGUGUCUAACUCCUCCUUGUAUUUUGUAUCGCGACUACAGGAGUCCGGCAAUACCAAUGCCCCUAAAGCAAAGAAGCCUCGCACCAACACGGCAGUGUACGUCACUUCCAUUCCCUUAGAUGCUACUAUCGAGGAGAUAAACGAUGUCUUUUGCAAAUGCGGCGUUAUUGCCGAAGAAAUUGAUAGCCAUCGACCGCGGAUAAAGAUGUACACGGAUGAAAAUGGAAAGUUCAAAGGGGACGCGUUGGUUGUAUAUUUCCGUCCCGAGUCCGUCAAUCUGGCUAUUCAAAUGCUCGACGAUUCGGAUUUUCGACUUGGUGAGACAGGGCCGCAAGGCAAAAUGAAAGUUCAGCAAGCGGAUUUUUCGUUCAAGGCGCAACAAGAAGCUCCGCAGAAACAGAACACGAGAGAUAAGGCAAAGAUUAUAAAGAAAACGCAGAGGUUAAAGAACAAGCUCGCGGACUGGGAUGAGGAUGAUGCAGCGACUCUUCAGCCUACAGGGCGCUGGGAGAAGGUUGUUAUUCUCCGGCACAUGUUUACGCUAGCAGAACUGGAGGAUGAUCCGGCCGCUAUUCUCGAUAUCAAGGAAGAUAUCCGAGAUGAAUGUUCAAAGCUUGGAGAGGUCACGAAUGUUGUGCUGUAUGAUAAGGAAGAAUCAGGAGUUGUUACUGUUAGAUUCAAGGACCCUGAAGCAGCACAAGCCUGCGUCGAGAUGAUGAAUGGUCGGUUCUUCGGCGGCACAAAAGUGGAAGCGUACAUUGCAGACGGCCGUGAGAGGUUUAGAAAAUCCAACGAUAAGAGUUAUGAUUAUGAAGACGAUGGCGCAGGCUGGGAAGCCAGUUACGAUGACGAAGAAUCUAAACGGCUGGAGAAGUUCAGUUCAUGGAUUGAGAAUGAAACGCCCAAGAAGGACUCCGCAAGUAGUUAA